GUCUUCUUCUUAUCUGGACUUCCUUUCGUAUGGCUUGAGAGGGUGGGAUGGCUGAGCAAUUACAAGAUUCAGAAGCGAAAGUUACUGCAAGCAUGGCUAGAAGCAUACAACUUUCAAGUAAUGCACGAUGUAGCUGAUGUUCAACCUUUUAAUUCAGCAGAAAGGAAAAAAGAAAGAAACAAAGAAAGAGAAAAAGGAUUUUACAGAGAAACCCCUUACUGCCUGUUCCACCAAUAGAUGUUUGAUAUUUUCGCUUCUGAACAUAUAAUCUACCUAAAGAAAGAGGAUAUCUAACCUUCUUUUCUUCAGUUACGAAAUUAAAUUAUCCUUCACUCGUACUGUAUGACACCUGCAUGUUUCGUAUCAUUUUUCUCACUGUAGCUCCAUUUUGUUUCCUUGUUGGACGCUUCUAUUUUGCUUAUUUUGCUCAGUCCCGGCCCGUGUGAUUGACUGUGAUUGAUAAUGCUGACUUCAAUAUAGGCAAAAAUUAACAGCCGUUCAGCUCAGGAAAAAUGUAUCAGUCGCUUAUUGCUGUAUCAUCUCGGUGUCAAUCUUCCAGUUAUGAUACUUUCAUACCCUGUCUUCAAAUACAUGGGCAUGCGAAGUAGUCUUCCCCUGCCGUCCUGGAGAACAGUUUUAUCUCAAAUAAUCUUCUACUUCAUUUUGGAGGAUUUUGUAUUCUACUGGGGCCACAGGAUGUUGCACACAAAAUGGCUGUACAAGCAUGUACACAGUGUUCAUCAUGAGUAUGCUACACCGUUUGGACUUACCUCUGAAUAUGCUCAUCCUGCCGAGAUACUUUUCCUUGGAUUUGCUACCAUUCUUGGUCCCGCCAUCACAGGGCCCCACUUGAUGACUCUGUGGUUGUGGGUGGUUCUGAGAGUCCUGGAAACAGUUGAGGCACAUUGCGGGUAUCAUUUUCCCUGUAGUCCAUCAAACUUCUUACCCUUGUACGGAGGAGCUGAUUUUCAUGACUAUCAUCACCGCCAGUUGUACACCAAGUCUGGAAAUUACUCGUCAACCUUCACUUACAUGGACUGGAUAUUCAGAACUGAUGUUGGUUACAGAAAGCUGAAGGCAUUGAAGAACGCAGUCUGUGAAGACAAUAGCGAGCAAAAGAAACAAUGAUAGCGAAUUUGAUCGGGGGAAGCUCAGAAAAUAGAUACUCAUUUUCAGGGCAUAUUCGAAAACUUGUGUCCCAUCAUUGCCUUGUGU